AAAAGUACCAAACGGAUUCAACGGGUUCAGAGUUGUGACAAGAACAUAAAAGGCAGUCAAUCACUCCAGUAAUUGGUAAUAUAAGCUCUUCAAAGCUCAAAUCAAAGCACAUAACCAGUGGAAAUUUUCUCUGUUUCUGUUGAUUUCUUUGAAAUUCUUCUCUUAGUUUCGUCCCCAAUGGCGUGCGAUAAUCUAAGCAGAGAGCAAUAUGUUUACCUGGCCAAGCUCGCCGAGCAGGCCGAGCGAUACGAAGAGAUGGUGAGCUACAUGGAGAAACUCGUAGUUGGAUCCUCUUCGGUUGGUGAGCUUACGGUCGAGGAGCGAAAUCUCCUCUCUGUCGCUUACAAGAACGUGAUAGGAUCUUUGCGUGCCGCCUGGCGGAUCGUCUCUUCCAUCGAGCAGAAGGAAGAAGGGCGCAAGAACGAAGAACAUGUGGCGCUUGUCAAAGAUUACAGAUCGAAGGUGGAAUCGGAGCUGUCUGCUGUCUGCGCUGGUAUACUGAAACUCAUGGAUGCACACCUUAUUCCAUCGGCCUCCGCCAGCGAGUCCAGGGUGUUCUAUCUCAAGAUGAAGGGGGAUUAUCACCGGUACCUCGCUGAAUUCAAGGUCGGAGCCGAGCGUAAGGAAGCGGCAGAAGAUACCAUGCUUGCUUACAAGGCUGCUCAGGAUAUUGCGCUUGCUGAUCUUGCCCCCACGCAUCCUAUAAGAUUGGGGCUGGCGCUCAACUUCUCUGUGUUUUACUAUGAAAUACUCAAUUCGUCUGAGAAAGCUUGCAGCAUGGCAAAACAGGCUUUCGAGGAAGCUAUCGCUGAGCUAGACACGUUAGGCGAGGAGUCGUACAAGGACAGCACUCUCAUCAUGCAGCUCCUAAGGGACAAUCUCACCCUUUGGACUUCAGACGCGCAGGAACAAUUAGACGAAGCAUAGAAGAUGUUACAGGCUGGCUGGCGGGUGCAGGUCAUUCUUCUCCUCGAGGGAGGUGGGCGUGAAUGUCAUUUUCUAUGUAAUCUGGCAUAUACGACUGAUUAAUGUGUUGUCUUCACCCUACGAAGAACAACCCAUGUAGUUUCUCUAAUAUUCGAACUAAACAAUGCUUUCAAAAUUUAAAGGAUGGUUCAGAUAGGUAGUCCCUUGACA